UCUCUCUCUCUCUGUAGAGGUUUCUAGGGUAACCACAGCAGCGAUCGAAACGAUGUCGUCCGGAAGGAAGAUAACGCUGAAGAGCUCCGACGGCGAGUCGUUCGAGGUGGACGAGGAGGUGGCUUUGGAAUCGCAGACCAUCCAGCACAUGAUCGAGGACGAUUGCGCCGACAUUGAGAUCCCUUUCCCCAGCGAGAUCUUGGCUAAGGUCAGCGAAUACUGCAAGAAGCACGGCGACGCUGCGCCUAAGUCCAACAACCGCUCCUCCUCCUCCGGCGACGAUGAGCUCAAGAACUGGGACGCCGACUUCGUCAAGGUCGACGAGGUCACCUUCUUCUAUCUCCAAUUGGUCCGUAUUACUACCUUUAGCCUAUUACUGCUGCUUUCUCUUUUAUCGCUGCUUCAAUUGGCUUAG